AUGCAUUCUGCGGCAGUAUUUAAAAAUUUUGUGAAAUGUUUCGGUGUUAUUUGUGAAAAAUUGGGAAGUCGGAAAAGUGAAUACGAGAUGCAGGGGCUCGUGAGCGACAAGACGUUCCACUUGAAGUGGAACAACCACCUGCAGAACUUGAGCCAGCUGUUCACGACCAUCUACUCGUCGUCAGCGCUCGCAGACGUGACGCUCUCCUGCCGCGAUGGGACUCUCAAGGCGCACAAGCUCGUCCUCUCGGCGUGUAGCCCUUACUUCGAACAGAUAUUCAAGGACAACCCUUGUCAGCACCCCAUCGUAAUACUGAAAGGAAUACCAUUCUCGGAGAUAAAUCUACUGGUUGAAUUUAUGUAUAAAGGAUCAGUGGACGUACAGGAGUUGGACCUUCAGUCCUUGAUGCACACAGCUUCUGAACUAGAGAUACGAGGGUUAGCAUAUGAGGCUCGAGAUAAUGCAGCACAGCUAUUGAAUGUGAAUUUGGAGUAUCCCUCCUAUGGACAGAAUGCGGCCACAGCGGCAGCUGCCACAGCAACUUCAGUUUCCACUUCUCAGACAUACCCACAGGCUCGGACUGAUGUGGAAAGGUUGAAACAGAUACACAUGUACCAACAAUCAAUGAUGCGAGCUGAAGAGAUACGUCGACGGCGUCGCGAAGACAUGCCCACAACACAGACAGCAGUUAACAACAUAUUGGCGGCGGCUGCGAGGGAGAUGGAGGAGGCCCGGCACGCCGCGCGGAGCGGGGACCGAGUUGUUGCCAGUAUACAGACUGAGCAAGAAGCGGCCGCUGCAGCAGCUUCUGAAGUAAAACGCGAGUUAGAAGACGACAGGCCUAAAAAGAGGGUGUCGAUAAUGUCACCAGAGGAUGAAAAACUUCGAGCCAAGAAGAAAGCCAUGACUGUACGCUUCCAAGAAGACAAUAAGACUGAGGAUGGCCCCGUUAAAAUCACAUCACCGGGUGCCACAAACACAAACCACGGCAAUGACAAAGAGGAUAUGAAACCCGGCGGCAUCAAGGUGGUCCAACUGGCGGUGCUACAGAAGCCCACAAACAAUGAACAUGACGAUUCAGACGAGAAAGCAGGUAAACAUGGAAUGGAUGAUGAUGAAGAGACAGACUCCAGUGGGUCAAUAUCAGACUCAGGCGCUAACGAAUCACAAGAUGGCCGCCCGCAUGUUUGUGACAUUUGUGACGUCAGAUUCGCGCGGUCGUCGCACCUGUCGCGCCACCGCCUCACGCACACUGGCGAGCGCCCCUUCACGUGCGGCGGCUGCGGCCGCUCCUUCGCGCGCUCCGACAAGCUGCGCGUGCACACCAAGAUAUGCGAGCGGGUACAUAAACAAAACUUGCAGGAGGACCCCACGGUGGAUAUGAGCGAGAAGCGCGAGAACAACUCGGAGGUGAUGUCGGGCAUGGUGCGCACCACGCACCGCGAGUCCGGCCACCUCGUGUUCACGCCCGGCGGCGACGUCAUGCUGCCGCCGCGCAACCAGCAGGUGGUAAUAAACUCGACGUUGGAGCCAGUGCGGAACGAGAUCAGCCAAAGCGACCUGAUAGACCCGCCGCGCCGCGGCCGCGGCCGCCCGCGCAAGACGCCGCUGCCGCUCACGCCCAAGAUAAAGAAGCGGAGGGGACGACCGCCGAAGACAUCGCUUGAUAUGGAAGGCUGCGUGCUGACGGGCGGCGCGGUGCCCAGCGCGGCGCUGUCGGGGCACCAGCUGCUGCUCAAGCGCAAGCGCGGCCGCCCGCCCAAGAACUACUUCCUACCUUCGCAAGGCGACGGACGACCCAACGAGAACUACAACGCGACAAAUCUUCCAUUCGGCGAUUUCUCUUAUUUGACGGAAAUGAUGUACAACCCGCUCGCGUACUCCUACGGCGUGACCAGCGUAGACCCCGACAGGAACGUGGACGCCGACCACACUGCCGCCAGCGAGACCUCCCACGACCGGACCAUCGACGUCUCCGACUCCUCGUCUGAUGAUGAGGACUCCAGGGUCGAGCCCGAGGAGAACGUGCCACCGGUAGCCCUGGAAACUCAGAUCAUGACCGUCGGAGACUGCCAAAUCGUCAAGCUGCCUCCCAAUGAGGAAAAGGAGGAUAAGGAUCAAGUACAGUCGGAGGCGAGUGUGGCGUCCACCCCCAGCUCGGUCACCAUCACUCCCAUCACAACAGUCGGCGACUGUACCAUCAGGCCCGUAGAGAACACA